AAGGUAUUGAAGAACACUGGAAAGAGUGGUAGUAAUUGUUUCUGUAUUUUUGCAGAGGCCAGCCAGGCUUUGGGGACAGAAGAGGAGGCCAGCAAGCCUGAUUCUCUUCCUCAGGCCUCACCCACGCUUCUGUCCCGGUGGCCUCAGCCUGCAGCAGGGAGGCUCCAGCGCCCGUAGGUGGCGCCCCACGCCCGUGCUUGCGCCCCUAGCCUGUGCGGAGGUGCCGCUCAGAAACCCGGUGCGUCUCCCCAGGUCUUUAGAGCUCAGAACCGGCGUUUUAAUAAAUAAGCUUGCUGCCAAAGCGCUUCGAGCGGCUCCAGGUUCAGAGGAGCGGACAGCUAAACCCAGUCGGGAGGUACCUCUUUAAUUCUUGGCAAAACCUGACGAUUCUCAAACUGGAGAUUCUGGAGCCACGGCCUUUAAACCAUUAAAUCAAGCUUUCUCGGUCUAUCCCAGUUUUUGUUUUUGUUUUUUUUUUUUUUUCCCCUUCAACUUUUUUUUUUUUUUCUUCCUUUAAUUAUGAAAGUGGUCACGCCAUUCAAGAUUAAGACUUGGAGAGAAUUUGGAAAAGAAAAGAAAGAAUCAAAAAGAAGAGACGCGGCUGGCGCUUUUGAGGGUCUGCUGGCACCCUCCUCCUGAGAAGCACCCGGCUUUGACCGUACCAGAGGGGAACCGAGCCAAGAGGAAGCUACUCCUGCCCCCGGCGUUCCCGCGCGCCCCUGGGCGCUCGUCCCGCCCCCCAGCCUAGCCGCCCCCCAGCCCAGAUGCCGACGCCGGGCAGGGGCGCCAGCGGGCGGCAGCAGACCAUGCCCCGGCGCCGGGGGGCGCUGCGGGAGCCGGCCGACUGCGGCUCCUGCUUGGGGGCGGCGCUGGCCUUGCUGCUGCUGCUGCUACCCGCCUGCUAUCCCGUGCGGGCGCAGAAUGACACGGAGCCCAUCGUGCUGGAGGGCAAGUGCCUGGUGGUGUGCGACUCCAGCCCCUCGGCGGACGGCGCGGUCACUUCCUCCCUGGGCAUCUCGGUGCGCUCCGGCAGCGCCAAGGUGGCCUUCUCCGCCACGCGCAGCACGAACCACGAGCCGUCGGAGAUGAGCAACCGCACCAUGACCAUCUACUUCGACCAGGUAUUAGUAAACAUUGGCAACCAUUUUGAUCUUGCCUCCAGCAUAUUUGUAGCUCCAAGGAAAGGGAUCUAUAGCUUCAGCUUCCACGUGGUCAAAGUGUAUAACAGACAGACCAUCCAGGUCAGUUUAAUGCAAAACGGCUACCCAGUGAUCUCAGCAUUUGCGGGAGACCAGGACGUUACCAGAGAAGCAGCCAGCAAUGGUGUCCUGCUGCUCAUGGAAAGGGAAGACAAAGUGCACCUCAAACUGGAGAGGGGCAACCUCAUGGGAGGCUGGAAAUACUCCACAUUCUCGGGCUUCUUGGUUUUUCCUUUAUAGACAGAGUCCCCUGAAUGGGGGGGAAGUAGCAAACUGGACCAGGAAUCCACCCUUCAUGAUACCCUGAACUUGCCAGACUAUGACAGCCUGGUUCCGACUUCAUCAGACUGUUGCAGUAGAAGAAUGAUUUCCUUUUUCCAGUAUUUUCUUUGAAUAUUGAAAAUUCCUCGGGAACCUGGCCUCUAAUUAGUUUUAGACAACAAGGUCUUAAGGAGAAAUGAAAUUAUCAAUUUGAGCAAUUUGUACCUGUGAUUGUAAAGUCGAUAUUGGAUUUUGUUGUUGGGACCAUCAACUUAUUUUUCUGUUUCUUUGUUUGUACACUGUGUCAUUAUCUCAAUGGCAAGAGAGCCCAGGACCCCAGGAGGGACUCCAGGCUGCAGUCAGGAUUCACAGCAAGAGCCACGCGAAGAUCCACCUGCUGGGAAGUCUUGACAUGUGCUCCUUGUGUCUGUAUAGCCUUAAGGAAAAGAAUGGCUUCACUUUUCCUUCUGUAUUUUUCCCCAGGGUAGACAAGAGGAUUUGGGAGGGGGAUGGGGCCAUUGUGAACCCAUCAAGAAGUGCUUCAUCCAGAGAAGCAAAUUUUGCAAGAUUAGAUUGCAACUUUUGUUUGUUGUUUAUGUGUGUGUGUUCUUCCUCUUCUUUCUCCUCUUUCUCCUCCUUUUCCUUCUUUUCCUCCUCCUCCUCCUCCUCCUCCUCCUCCUCCUCCUCUUCUUCUUCUUCUUCUUCUUCUUCUUCUUCUUCUUCUUCUUCUUCUUCUUCUUCUUCUUCUUCUUCGUCCUCUUCUUCUUCUUCUUUUCCUCCAGAAGUAUACUUCUUUUCCAAUACUAGGCUGUCUCCAUACAGCCCCAUUUUUAGUUUUGGUGCUGGAGUAGUGGAGAAGAAAAAAAUGUGUGUCGUGUUCCUGGAUGAAAUUUAAAAAAAAAUCUCUAUAUUUUGCUUUGGAUAAGACCAAAUGAAGCAAAAAGUAUCUGUCAAAGUAACAAUAGCAAAUGAAUAAUUCUGCUUACUCAUUCCAAGAGUCUCAGAUGCACCUUUAGGAUUGCAGCCUGGAUUUUGUGGUUUUAUUUUUAAUUUUAGAUUUAUACUGUGGAAUCCCUUAAGAGCCUGGCAUUCCUGGGUGAGCCUGAAUUAUAUAGGACGUGAAGCUGUAAGGACCAACUUCCUUAAACAGUUUUUUUCCACCAUGCAUUUUUCUUUAUUUGGAUCUAUCUCUUAAAUAAGCAGCACAUGGUGAUCAAGAGCAUGAAAGAAAACAGGACCAGCCCCUCUUCCCUGGGUCUUCCUCUGAUCUGCCAUGGAAGGGAGGUGCUGGCACUCACCAGGGAGGCCUGGCAAGAGGCCAUCUGGAACUCACCGCGGUUAAAGGUAUUGGCGGAGGUGCCCAGGAGAGGUUUUACAAAUCCCUGUUAUGUUAGCACCUUGUGUAACAGUGUUAUUAAGACUCGGCUGAGAGUUGAUGGGUACAGGCUUCCUAUGCCAAGAACAUGUCACUAAUCCCAAAGCAAUCAAAGAUGAGACCUCAAACCAGAUGUUAAUUUGUCCUUUGUGUAACAAUGUAACCCAAAUAUUGGUGAUAAAAGCUCAUAAUUUAAGAUUCAGAAUAAAUGGGUUUGAUGUCUGACUUUCUCUGAUCCCUCCACACUGUCUCCCAACUUUCAAAAUAAGGCUGAACUAUCAGGGACUUGGGGAUGUCAAGUCCCUGCUGUGGUUCUCUGAAAGGCGCACACACAGACAUUCACCUUUGUUUGCAGAUGCUGCAGGGCGUGUGGCUGGACACUGCAUACUUAGAUACAUUUAAUUUGUAUGGAACAUUUUUCAGAGGGAGAUUUUGAAGGAGAUAAGUGCAAAGCACAGUGCUGAGAGUUUUAUAAGUAGGCAGCCUGCGUCUGUCCCACUUUGGAUAUGGCAGAAACUUCAGUCAGUGAGGAGUAAUGUAAGAGACCUGCACUUGAAAUAGCACCAGUGGUCUCAGGACUAUAUGUGAGGAUGGGAUGCCGUAGAUUUCAUUUUAUACAGUAAAGGUAGUGGGGCUACAUAAAUGAGAAAAUAUGUUGUUUGACUAAAGGAGUUAAUUUCAUAAUACCAUACUGUGCAGAAUUUAAUUUGAGUUAAAGUGCUGUUAUAUAUCGUGAGGGAAGACAUCAACUAGAAAACAUGGGGACCUUGACCCUGGUUAGGCGGAUACUUCAAACCGCGAACAUUAUGGGGAAGCAAGAGUAGGUGCCCUCUAUUUUAUUGUUGGUCGAUAUUUUAGUCCUGUUUCCUUCAUUUCCUUAACUUUAUGUUCAAUUUAAAACACAAAAAUCUCAUCAAAUUAAAUGAAUAGUAAUGCAGAGAUGACAAGAUACAUGACUGUUACUUUUCUCACUUAAUAUUUAGUACAUGUAUUUGUUUCUUUUUAUCCUUAUAUUGCAUAGAGGUUGUUAGGUUGUGCUGUCUAAUAAAUAUUACUGAAUUGGGCAAUCUAAAAAUAAGCAUAUUUCAGGAGUUUAUUUUAUAUUAGAAAAACAUGCAUCCUGAUUAUUCUCCUUUCUUCUUAUCUGUCCUGAUGUGGAUGCCAAACACUGCGUUAAGUAGAAGCUUGCUGAUGGCGUCUCUGGAGCCCUUUACCUCCCAUCGCCGUGCCUGCCAAGGCUGUGUUUGGCUCAGGGUCUCUGAAAGAGAUGAGGCUCCUGGGUCUGAUCUAUAAAAACAUAGAGGUCAGACCAGAUGUGACAUGCAUUUUCCCUAAUUUGGUCACGAGAAAGGCAUCUAUAUCCUUCUGAGGCCACGCUCAGCAGUCCUAGCUCGGUUCCUGGUUGUCUUAGCUGUGGAGCGAUGGCUCCACAGUCAGCCCCCAUCACACGGCCCAGGUGAGGACCUGCCAAGUGCUCUGAGAACUAAGGAGACUGCAAUAACCCAGUGUGAUAUUAGGGCAGGAGGAGUGUUUCUGAAAAAAACAAAAAACAAAAAACAAAAAACAAAAAGCAUUUUUCAACAUGCAAUUUGUGAAAAUCAUUUAAAAUGAAUAUCUGACAGGAGAGCAAUUGUACAUGCAAGUGAAUUUCCAUAUUCCUAAUAGACUGUUAAAACUGUUGUACUAUAUUGGAUUUUCUUGUAAUUUGAUUUUUAGCAAUGAUGAUCAUAUCACAUUCCAUACAUUUUUUAUUAACUCCAUUCCCAGAGGUGUUAUUUGCUUUUCCUGUGUGCUUCCUGCUCACCUUUGUGUGCCAAUAUACUCUGCCAAUAUUAUAUAAAAAUAUACAAAUGUAAGAUUUCUGACAUAAGUAACAAAGAUAAUAUUAUUAAUGUAAAGUAAUAUUAUGGCACUUGAAUACUAAGUUGUUUUAGUUGAUUAAUGUUAGCUGUACUAAAUUGUAAAUGCUUUUAAAGCAAUACCAUUUUCUUAGGUUAAAAUAUAUUCUAAUUGGAAAUAUAACCUGGGUGACAACUUUAAAUCCUAAGAAACUAUGUUUACCAUCUAUAAUUCCUGAGCCCUUUUUGCAUCCUAGUAUUUUUGAUAUAUCUGUUCAUGUAUAAGUGAAAUUAUCUACAUUUUUACAGUGUAAAAAAACAGUGUAUGGCUGCUCAGAGUAAAGGUGAUACAAACCUAUUGAAUAUUAGCAUGAAUUCAUGGAACUCUAUAUUUAAUACAUUUACUUGUUUUUAAAUUUUUAGCUAAAUCAAAUUAUAUCAAGCAUCAGAAGAAACAGAAAAAUAUAUUCAAAGUAAAACAAAACCUUUGCUGAAUAUUUAAUAUUGUGGCAAUAUUUUGAUAUCAAGUAAAUUAGAGUAAUUACAUAUUUAAUAACUAUUACACUUAUGUUGUUUGCCUGUGAGUACACUGACAUAUAUAUCUGACCUUUUAAUGUGGUAAUAUAAUAAAAAUACGUGCAUUGGCUACAUUCUCUGGAAUCUAGGAAUAUGUAGGAGGAAAAUUUAAUGUAUCACCUUCUAUAAGCAAAACAGAAACAGAGGUUGCUCUAUGACAUUUGACUUGUAGCAAAGGGAACAAAAAAUGUUCUGCCAAUUUGUGUGACCAUAUUUUGCAAUCUUUUGUAAGAGUAUAUAUGUUGCAAUAAGAUGUUAUUGUGAAUAAAGUAGCUAACAUCUGUUUAUAUUUCUACAACAUAAGAAGGAUGUAAUGAUCUGAUACAUAGAUGUUCACCGAUGAAAAGUCCCUUUGCGUUAGUUACAUGAUAGUGUAAAUAUAUGGCGAACUCAUAGGAGCAAGUCGCAUUGAAUCAUUCCAAAGGGUUAAUGUACAUUUUGUGCAAAUAUUUAUAAAAAUAUACCAAGAGAUUAACUGUAGAGCUGCAAUGAGUUUUACUCUCUUUUAUUAUUUGGAAAUUUGCUUGUCAUUGAUAACUGUUUUCCAAAGCUGGCAUUUUGCUAUCAAAAUUGGAUAUUAUGAAUAUAUUUUAAAAUUUAAGAACCUGGCUUGUAAAUUUCUUGAAAUUCUUAACAUUAUUCUUAUUGGCAUUUAAAGAGAAAACAUACCAAAUAUACUGAAUUAGUAUAUAAUUUUAAUAUUGGUUUUAUUGAUUUAUUCUAAUCUAUAACUGUUUCUUUGAUUCACUGUGAAAAAGUUUGAUGAUGUUGAUCACAAUCAUUAGUCAAGUGUUUUGUAUUUGGAGACCAUUUAAAAGAGCUGGAAUAUACCAAAAAAAAAAAAAAAAAUGCAUGUGACUAGAAAGAUCCACUCCUCUUAGGACUUUUAAAUAGGAAAGACACAUGUCAAAAGUCAAGAUCUAAUGAAUGUAAACUGCAAAAAAUUGUCAUAUAUAUAAAUCUGUAUAAUAACAUUAUACUAAAAUACGAAUCUUAAGUAAAUGAAGUUUCCUUAUAUUUCCAAACUCAGUAGGGUAACUUGAAAUUUGUAGAGGAGAAAGCCACCUAACUUUACCACCUGCAGAUAACAGAAAUAAAUUUUGCUUCAUUUUCCUAA